AUGGAAAAUCUGGAUGAGCUGGAGCACCCUCUUCUGGGAGAAAACACCAACAGCAGCCGGGCAUCGGCGCCGGGGCCGGUGACUACCCAGGUCCCUGGUGGUCUGUACAAGGGCGUGUUGGUGAAGUGCGAGGAGGACCGGGCCUACCCGCCCUUAGCCUGGAGGAGCUACUGCGGACACCCCCCCGAGCGGCAGCAGCAGCAGCUCCUGGACCCUUGCUCCUUACCUCGCACAAUGGAGUCUUUUUACCCACCGGCGCCCAUCUGGGGCCACACAGACUCCCUGCUGAGCAAAGACUACCUGGAGACCACCUUCGUGGACAUCCGGCCGGGCUCCACCCUGGAGAGGAAGCUGCUGGCCGAGGCGCAGGACUACCACAGCGACGCCUACAGCAUGGACGACGAGGACGAUCUGCUUCCUGACUCUGAUGACUCGUCCAUUGACGACUUCAGUGAUACGGACAGCGAGAGCAACUUCCCUCUGAUGAUCCCUCAGGACUACCUGGGUCUGGCCUUCUUCUCCAUGCUCUGCUGCUUCUGGCCCCUCGGCAUCGCUGCCUUCUACCUUUCACAGAAGACCAACAAGGCGUCGGCUCAGGGGGAUUUCCAGGGGGCCAACGCCGCCUCCCGCCAGGCUCUGUGGCUCUCGGUGCUCUCCAUCGUGUUCGGCAUCAUCACGUACAUCUGUGCCAUCGCCGCGCUGAUCUCCUACCUGUCCGGGAAGCCGCCGUAA